GCGUGACACGUCUGGACGACCAGAUCUUCAUCAACCGUAACCCUGGCGUUCCCUCCGUGGUCAAGUUCCACCCCUUCAACCCCUGCAUUGCCGUGGCAGACAAAGACAGCAUCUGUUUCUGGGACUGGGAGAAGGCGGAGAGGUUGGACUAUUUCUACAACGGGAACCCUCGCUACACCCGCAUCACAGCUAUGGAGUACCUCAACGGACAUGACUACUCCCUGCUGCUCACUGCUACAGAUGACGGGGCGCUGCGUAUCUGGAAGAACUUUGCGGACCAGCGGAACCCCGAGAUGGUGACGGCGUGGCAGGGCCUGUCCGACAUGCUCCCCACCACCCGAGGUCAGCCCUCCUCCAGCGCCCACAGUCUGGCCAGGCGGGUCUCCAUCUGUCUUGACAGGAGUAAGGGACAGGGAGGUGCAGGCAUGGUGGUGGACUGGGAGCAGGAGACGGGGCUACUGAUGACAUCUGGAGACGUGAGGGUCAUCAGGAUCUGGGACACGGAGAGGGAGAUGAAGGUCCAGGACAUCCCAACGGGGGCAGACAGCUGUGUGACUUGCCUAUCAUGUGACUCACAGCGGUCCCUCAUCGCAGCGGGGCUGGGCGACGGCUCGGUCCGCCUCUAUGACAGGAGAAUGGGCGCCAACGAGUGUCGUGUGAUGACGUACCGGGAACACUCGUCCUGGGUGGUCAAGGCCCACCUGCAGAAGCAGACGGACGGCAAAAUCAUUAGUGUCAGUGUCGAUGGAGACGUGCGGUUCUUCGAGCUGCGGUCGCCGGACUCUGUGAACGUGCUGCAGACGGUGAAGGGGUUAACGGCGCUGGACAUCCAUCCGCAGGCCAACCUGUUUGCCUGUGGAUCGAUGAACCAGUUCAUAGCCGUGUACAACUCCAACGGUGACGUGAUCAGCAACAUCAAGUAUUAUGACGGUUUCAUGGGCCAAAGGAUCGGGGCUAUCAGCUGUUUGGCCUUCCAUCCCUACUGGCCCCACCUGGCGGUGGGCAGUAACGACUACUACAUGUCCAUCUACUCAGCGGAGAAGAGGCUCAGAUAACCCCUCAGCGUUAACCCCCCCGAACUUUACCUUUGACCCCUGACCUCUCACCCUCGGAGCCAGGAUGUAAAUUACUUCUAAUGUACAUAUGCAAUUGUUACUACCCCUGAAUGUUCUAUAGUGAUGGCUGCUGAAACACUCGUGUUAUGAUGUUGACUUAUCUGAUUAUUCUUGAUCGUUUUAUUCAUAUUCUUAUUAUGAAGCUAUUGAUUGUAGACUUGGCAGUGCUGAGGAGCGUGUAUAUUUAAUUGCGUGUAUACAGAGAUGAAUAAUAGGUCUAUUUUAAAGGUUCCAGCCUUGGCUGGGGGAGACAGGCGGUGUCGCUACCUGAAUGAACUCGGAAUGACCUCUACAUUACCUUUCUAUGACCUCUAUGCAUCGGGGUCAAGAGGCUAUCGAGAGAUGGACAAUUCCCUCUCUCACACACGACUCUGGACAUGAAAGGCGUGGCUCACGGACGCCCGCACGACCCUUAUUAAAAGCCCCCCCCCCGCUGUAGCUAAUAGACUUUCUCUCACUGUUCGCGUACAAGAUGGUGGACUACAGGCGCUUCCUCUGAAACGGCCAGGCACUUUGACAGACGGGGCACGUCUGGUGUGAGAGAAAGUGAAAUGUAGAACAGAGCACAGAUGAGCCCAAAGUGGGCCCACAGCCUUGGACACAAACCGAUGCCCAUACAGAUGUCCACUACCAUGCUAUACUGUAGGACUAACCAGACCUUGCAUCCAUGCACCCUCACCCAAUUGUGCUAAACUCACCAACCUCACCAACCAAGCCAUUCAUCUCCAUUGUCCUAUGCCCAAAGGCUGACCCCAUGUCCAUAGCGCAAUGGGUGACUACUGCUCAGCUCUAAUCCCAAGACUGAUGCUACUUGUCUGCCCUACCUGCAAAGCAAUAAUGAAUUAGCUAGGAGCUCUACAGCCUCCAAGCUUCUGCUGCUCCAGCUCCAGACCCCCCCCCACUCAUCAGCUGAGCCAUACCCGCCUGUGGAGCCUGAAGUAUCAGUUCCAGAGCUCUGGCUGAGGCCCGCUUGACCCAUGCCCAUCCCCAGCCAGAAGCACCCCGAGGCUGGACGAGAAGAAACACAGCGCCCACUGCAUCCCCUCGUCCCCAUUGACACCAAUGGGGAAGAGGGAAUGGGGUUCUGCUGCUACUUUGCUGCAUCCUCGCACACAGGCUUAUGAGGACUUUAUAAACUGUGUAUGGACUGUCCCCAGAAUCACACACACCAGCCCUAGGCAGCCCUUUCCCCUGUGUGCCAACUACCAACCUCCACCCUGCUAUCCGUUACCCUUUUUGGAGAAAAGUCUGCGGCAAUUUUCUUCUAUUUUUGUUUUAUUUCUUUUAACCUUGGUUUUAUUUGCCAGUCGUGUUUGGUUUCUUUAGCAGAAAGGGAGUUUCAAGAAGAUUGGGAUAGAGAAGUUGGGUCAAAAAACAGGAGUGACUUCAGACCUCACUUUGUGUAAUACAGUGCACUGGUAAAUACACAGUAACGCUCCAUAGCACUUCUUCAGUUCAGUGUCCUUGUUGUCAAAAGCCACAGCUCUCCUGUCAACCUCCAACACUAGCUCAGGUACCUCAUGAGCCACGAUAUACCACAUAAUACCGCGGCGUCUCUGCAUGGUAGACUCACAGAGGUCUGACGUUACUCUUGAUAUGACGAACUAAGAUGGUCAAAAUACGUUCUGUGAGUCCUGAGGUGCCUUUUUUUUUAAACAAGGGUUACCCCUCUGGUCAACACUCGCUACAAGUGCGGUAUCGCCAUUAAUGUGCCUCUAUUAGGGGUCGCRUUUUUGGUUUGCUCUGCAUUACCUUCCUGUUUUUCUUUGAAACUUUUUUUUUGCUCAGUUUUUUGUAAUUAAUUUUUUUAAUUUGCUGGUGUUUGUUUGCCUUGGACCUCAGUGGGAUGGAGAGAUGGGAGAGGACUGUUUCUCCCCCUUUCACAGACGCUCUCACCCACACGGUGUCUCUCCUCAUACAGUACUCCCCCCUACCCUCACCUUUUUGCCUCUAAAGUCCUCAGCUUGGCUAUCACCCUAGAAAGGAAUGGACAAUAAUGCUUUGCCUGUGGACUGAACCGGGCAGGGUAACCGGUAACACAUGCCAUGCAUUCUGUAGAAGCGGCUGCACUCGCGGUCAUAACCAAGCCCCACUACGCUCAGUAGCUCACCCUCUAGGGUACGGAGGAGGUACUGCAGCCUCCACUGCUUUCACUGACACCUACAGCAAAACCCCACAACGCUGUCUGUCAGCCAUGCUCAGAAUCACAUCUCUAGAUAUCCUGCUUUGAGUUUUAACAUUUUAGAUAUGGAAACAAAAAUAAACUUUGAAUACUUAGGAGAAAUGAAAGCAAUCGGGUGUUUCUCUGUGACGGAAGACUGCUUUGCUGACUAGUUUAUAGGACAGGAGAUGAAGUCAGUAAAAUAAACCAAAUACACAACAGC